UUCACCAAAGCAAUCGUAUCCAGCGAGUGGAAGAGGCUGAGUCGUCCAGACUCGAGAGUCAGUCAAGCGAUGUCGACACAAGCGAAUGAUCCACGGCAGCCGUCGGCGGCGAAGCCUUUUGUUUCUCCGCCAGUGAAUCCGCAAGAUCUGCCAGUCGAUUAUUCCGGUUUCAUUGCCGUAGUUUUCGGCAUCGCAGGUGUCAUGUUCAGGUACAAGCUUAGUUCGUGGUUGGCCAUCAUAUUUUGUGCCCAAUCGCUUGCGAAUAUGAGGAAUAUUGAGAAUGAUCUCAAGCAGAUUUCCAUGGCCAUGAUGUUUGCUAUCAUGGGAUUAGUAACCAAUUACUUGAGUCCUACGCGACCAGGAACGAAGAGUUAGACUCCUCGCUUAGAAUGUUCACGACGUUUUUUCCUUUUUUUCUUUUACGUAAUUUACUUUAGGAGCUUUUUAGGGUUGGUGACUGUUUUUAUAUUAUGAUGGAGAACGAACAUAGGGACCAACUAUAUGUUUUUUUUAAUUAAUAUCGGGUCAGUUUGCGUGCACCUUGACUAUUUGAUAAGUGAUGUCGUAGUAUCUAGAUGAGCUUACUCCUCCCAUCAAGAAGAUACCCAGUGUGGAGCCAAGUGAGAUGCCACAUUUUUCUUUAGCAUUCAUAUUAACUCGAAUCCCAAACGGGUGUUCAAAAGAUUUAAUGAUUCAAAAUUUUUCGUAUGGAGGGGGGGAGUGGGUUAUCUAAGCUCGAGGUUGGUUUUGGUUAGAUUUGUUUAGUUGAUUUAUGAGGUUGGAACUUGGAUGAUUUAAUUCGAAUUUAUUAUGAAUUCAAAAGUAUUGUUAUGGAAGAAUUACUUA